AUGCCGUCGCCGCCGCCGUCGCCGACCAAACCAGUGGUCCCCGAUCUCCGGCCAUGGAGCCCGCCUGCGGACCCGGACAAACCCCCCUGCCCUUACCGAACGGGCUUCACCGUCGACAUCAAGAGCCACGUCCCGCCCGCUCCCUUUGGCGGACGAGACUACGGCCCCGGGCGACGGCCUAUGGUGUCCCAGCUUGAUCUGCGGACCCUCAAGCAGACCGAGAUCGUCAUGGCCAACCCGCCGCUCGAGACAGAAGACCCGCCCGUCCCGCGAAUCCACACCUUAUCUGUGACCCGCGAUCUCGCCGUCGUCGACGGCCGAGGCGCCCAGCUGGCCCUCUGCACCAUCAAACCAAAGGACCCGGUCGGCCAUGGUCCCAUCCAGGCAGUGGCCAAAAUCUACGACCCGCUGUACUACUCUUUUCCCCACCCAGACGUGCCGAGCGCCGUUGGCCAGGCCGGAUCCUUUGCGCCCAAGUACUUUGGGUCAUGGACCUUUACCGUCGGCCUCCAGAUGGGCAAGACAACCCCGCCGCAGUCCCGUUCGGUGCGCCUCAUCCUUAUCGAGUACAUCCCGGGGAAGAGCAUUCGCGAGCUCUGUGCCGAACCCACACCCACCGCCGCCGUGUUUAGCGAGGUAUACCGCUUAGAGGUGCUCGCCAGAAUCUUGGAUGGCGUGGCAAACCUGCGGUUUAAGGGCAUCAGCCAGCAGGAUCUAGCCGCACGCAACGUCAUCGUCCACGCCCCUCCCAACGCCCAUGACCAGACGGCAGCGCAGCCCGGCACGAUUCCACGCGUCGUGUUAAUCGAUUACAACUUCGCAGUCGUCGACGCCGAGACGACACACAAGAGACGACCCUACGCUGGCACGACGCUCCCCCCAAACCCCAUGCGGAUUUACUGGAAGAGCCGGCUAGAGGAGUUCGGCAGUUGGAUUCCGGCCGCGUGGGAAACCAAUCCCAGACUGCGUCAGGAAUGGCUGAAAAAGCGCUUCGGAGGCGAUAAUCUGGCUAGGUAUGCCCCCAUCCGGGAAGAGCUCGAGUUCGCCGCGCCACCGCCCCCCCGCGCUCGCCAACCCCUGACUAGGGAGCUAGCCAAGUUUCCCGUAAACUUCUGGGGGGAUGCCGCGGGAGAUGCAGUUACGGGGUGUAAUGGUGGAAAGAAAAUGUAA